AUGAAUGAUACUGUGGACAGUGUUUACCGUUUCGUUACCGAUCAAUCGUCAACAGCAUACAGCAAAAUGAAUUCCUUCGUUUCGUCGUUACGUCGUCGUCUGGAUAAGGUACUCACAGCUACCGCUUCUCCUAACUCCUCGCCGACGCAUUCUUCGUCUUUAGCAUCAAGAGACGGUGAGAUUCUUUUGCUUAAAGACACUAUAACAGACGCUUACCUUAUGCUUGCUAUGAUCGAUAACGAUAACAAAAAUAGUAUAAAUGCUCAUUAUGAAUUGAAAGAAUACUUGCAUGCCGCUGAAAAUUUACAAAGACAAUCAUGCUCGCCGGCGACUGCACGUCGUUUGAUUACUGAAAUUCGCUCAUUGAUGUCUUUAUCUCAUUCAGAUGAGUACUAUUCAUCCAAUUCCAAGUACGAUCAGAAUAAAAGACCGGAGAAAAAUCUCAAUGUUUAUGACACAUUGAGUAAGCACCGUCCGCUCGCAAGAUCCAAUCCAAAUGUACAAAAUGUCAGCAAUCCUGUUGAGACGGGUAAGCCCGCUCAUAUCCAAAGACAUUCGCUUCGUAGCUCCAUGCGUAAUUUAUUAAAACGUCGUACAAUAAAAAUUCCAUCUAAAAAAUUUCUAGGCCCAUCUACUGAUUCUCAAACGCCGCACAUAUACGAAUCACUUGAUACACCGUCGCCCGAUCUUACUCCGCCACUUGAUACGCCAUCAUCAGCACCCGAACCGUCGUUCGCUGCGUCGCCAAUAAUCAAAUCAUCGUAUCUACUUCCGUCAUCCAUCGUAGUUCUCGAUCAUUUCACGACAAAUCUCUAUUUAGUGGUGAAUUCAACGUUAAAUCAGCUAUUAGUCGUGUUUGGAUCAACGAAAAUUCAUACUAUUAAAUUAUAUGACACUAACGGAAGAAAAAUUCACAAUAAUGAUCUAAUUCUACAAUACAGAUUCGAAGAUCUACAUGGAUAUAAAUUGUUAUCGUCAGCACUAAACAAUAACUCGGAAAAUCGUCUGAUUGUCAAUGAAAUACGUGUGUACGUUACAGAAUCGUUAGAUGAAACAUCAUCAAAUCAAACGCUCAAACAACGCUUAUUAUUUUUUGAUCAAAAUGGUCAUUAUAUGUCAGCAUCAAAACGUUUACCGAUUACUAAUGAAUUGCUCUUUGUUGAUGUCGAUCGUUUGUCACCGUCGAUCUUUGCCUAUGAUGGUUUAAAUCUCAUAAAUUUAGAUCGAAAUUGGUCGACAAAUGUUGAGCACAUCGAUAGUAUCGCUGCUGGUUCGAAUUUUCUCGUUUGUUUACAUACAAAAACGAAUCAAAUAAGUAUUUACAAUAGUCAGACAGGUUCAUUUAUAUAUCGCUGGUUAAUAUCAACAAAAAACAUACACCAUCUCCAAACGGUUUCUUUGUGUGUAUCUCGUCAAGAUUUAAUCUAUGCUCUUGUAUGGAACUGUGAUGUUCAUCCUGUAAAUAAUCUUGUUCUUGUGUUUGAUCAAGAAGGACAAUUACGCCGAGAAUAUUAUGUACCAAAUCGUAUCCUGCCAAAUAUGCAUGGCUCAUAUACGUACGAUAUGACACUUGGUGGCGGCGGUGGUGGUGGUGCUGCGGCGGUGGCCGCUCAUCAAACACCCAAUCCAUUUGCUAAUUUGAUCCGUCGUUCAACAACUAAACCAACCCCGCAAACGUUGGCAUGGAUGCAACAGCAAGCUAUGUGGAAUCCAAAUGGUCAACACCAUCCACAUAUGUGGCCAGCAAAUAGUUCAGGCCAUCAAAGAUCGCCGAUGCAGCCGAUCUAUCAUCGAGGCAUGGGAAGAUCUUAUGAAAUGUACCAUCAUUCUCAACAACAGCAACAGCACGACGAUAAUACUUUGUUUCAUGCACGUUUUAUUGCUAUUACGGACGAUGAUACAUUGAUUCUUUCGAAUAUUAUCGAUCUUGGUCUGGACGAAGAAACACAAGAAACGGCUGUUGUUAACGUUAGUCGAAAGAUUUUAUUUUUUCAUAUUGAGCCCUGA